AUGGAACAAAUACGAGAGGAAGAACCAGAAGCGUACAGUGUCCUUGAAGGUAUUAAAGCUAGUACAAUGCUGCACAUGUGCAUGUAUUUAAAAUGAUAUAAAUAUGCAUGCAUUUUCUAACAAACCUUCUAUAGGAGUCCUGAUUCAGUACAGUUCAAAAGUUAUCUUUAAAUAAUAUAUUUAAUAUUAAUAUUUAAUAAAUAUUUAGCUGCAAAUGUGGAUGAAGAUAGUAUACUGCAGUUCUCAAAAGAAGAUUUGAAAGAUUUAUUUGAUGGAGUGGAAAACUUUAUGCUAAGGAGAAGAUUGUGGAAAAUUUUACAGAACUUGGUAAGGAACUUUUUAAGAAACUUGUUACCUGAUUGGUCAUUAACCCAUUAACCACCACUACUCUACCACUGACGAGUAAAUACGUCUGGCGUUAGACAGAGUAAAUAAUAAAGUAGGGCGCAUUGUGCGUCAAUGGGUUAAUGCAUCAAUCAAUUCCAGCUGUUACCAUCCACCCCCCCCCUGGCAAUACCCCGGAAUUUGUACUUUUUUCCUAAACAUGUAGUAAAUUCCCCACCCCUGGGCCUUUCAAAAUGAACAAUUCCCCACCCCGGGGCAUAUCAAUAAACGCAAAAUUAGUAACUGAAACCCUUGGCAGAACACACAUAUAACACGUUGAAAUGCGUAAAAAAUUAUACAAAAUGUUAUUUUUAACGAUAGUACAGAAUUUAAUAUGUUCAUUAAAAUUCCACUAUUUAUAUCGCUCCUAUAUAUUGAUAUACUGUACAUCAACUGACAAGUAUUAUCACCCAGAUUCACCCUGACUUGAAAAAGAGUAGAUUCUUGUACAUGGAAUUUUACAGUUUAUAUGUUUUAAAAUCAAUAAUUGAAUAACGCAAUCUAACACUAUAAAACCAAUGGCAAUGUUCAUGUCACUUGAGACGAUUCGCAUAAACCAUGAAUUUCCAUGUACUGAACAUUGCAAACUCAUUCUAUAGCUGGGUUUCAGUCACGUGUUACACGAAAUCACAAAAUUCUAAAUUAGGUUUACCUCUGCCAUUUUUUGUUUGGUUCUUUGCUUUUUACCCGGGGGUAACCCCCGGGACAAAAUUAUUCAAACAAUUCCCUACCCCCUGGAUUAGUUUUUUUGCAUUGCCCCGGGGGUUGCCCGGGGGGGGGGAUGGUAACAGAAGGAAUUGAUUCACACAUAAGUAUUGGGGGAGGGGGGUCAGACCUGAUCAGAAAUUUCACAGUGACGAUGAUUGUGUAAGGUAAGUAGAGAGGGGUGAAUAUUUUUUAUCUAAAACAACAGGAAUAAACGUCACUCCAGUGUCUGAUAUUUGAGUCUGUGCACAUGUGGGCACGUGCAUGCGCAAUUGCCCCUAAUGGAAAUCCAGCAGGGUGAAGAAAGCCAAUGACACACAUUAUUUCAGGUGGAGGAGGGCUUAAUAGAGAGUUUUGUGUAAAAGUGGUGCAAUAGAGUAGUUUCCUUGUUACUGUUGAAACUAAAGUAGCAUUAUAUUAUUUAAAUUUAUGGCCAUUUAUAUUUCAUAGAGAGACAAAAGCGAGGAAUCAAAUGAACAGUUAACAACUACACCCCUUCAACUAUACAAAUCCCAGUCUUACAGGACACCAAAUACCUCAAAUCAUCCAUCUGGAUCAGCAACACCAAAAAGCUCAAGAUCAUGUAGUCCUUCGCCCAUCGAAGUUGCAGAUGACACUGAUGCUUAUGUGAAAGCAGAGGAUGCAGCAAUCUUCUUAAUUUACAGUGAUAGUGAGCUAAAGAAUGCUGCUAAAAGUGAGGCACUGUCUGAUGAAUUGAGAAAUCGACUUGUCCGCAACACUGUAUCGAAUAUGCGUGCAGCAUGCCAAAAUCUAGCAACUCCAAGAGAACCAACUAAUAAUGAGAUGGAAGAUAUGGCAAAAGCCCUUGUUAAAAAAUAUCCAUCUAUUGUCCGGUUAUAUGACUACGGCGAAAAGGAGUAUAUGACCAUUAGUGAAGACAAAAAGUGUGACUUGACCCAGGAACAAAAAAGUCAAUUUCAU